AUGGUUCGUUUAAAGAGUAGAUAUAUUUUAUUUGAAAUCCUAACUCCAACUGAUAUUCAAGAUUUAAAAGAGUAUGAUUCGUUGUCAUUACGUCAACUAACACCUGUAGAAAUUAAUUCUAGGAUCCUGUUAAAUGAAAUACGACGUUCUUUGCAGGUGAAUUUUGGGGAUUAUGGCUCCGCAAAAGUGAAUUCCUUAAUCCAUAUUAAAUAUUUCUCUAAUAUGACAUCCACGGGAAUAAUAAGAUGCUUACGUGAAGAUGUAGAUUUGGUAGUCAGUGCAAUGGCUUUAGUUAAGAAUAUUAAUGGGCUGGGAGUUUCAACCAACAGCAUACUACUCAAUGACAUAAUUAUAAACCCUGUAAAAAUAAGCGGGACUAUUAAAAAGAUUGAACAAUAUGCAAUUAAAAGAAACGCCAAAUUAUUAAGGCUAGUUCAAAAGGAGAAUUCUGGGGGAAAAAAUCAAUUAUUGGUUGAUUUUUCAGGAAUAUCAGACAAGGAUGUUGAAGAUCAAGAAGAUGCAUAG